AUGAAUUCGUCAAGAAGUUUAGAAGAAGGAGAAAGUGGUGGAUUUGAUGCAAAGAUAUUUCUUUCUGCUGCGCGGUUGUUGACUUUAAACCAGAAGACUGCUUCGGUUGGAUUGAAAGAAGCCUUCGAUGUGAUUGGAAAUGCUGUCAAUCACCAUUCCAAGCUUCAAUUCACCAAUAUCAGGAAUAUACUCGGCCUCUUGUUACUUUACUCAUCUCCAGCAUCAGUUCCGAUUGAAGAUAUUGCAUUUGUAUGUAAACGAUUCGUUCAGGCAUCGUUUGGAGAGGCCAACUUGGCUCUCGUCGGCGAGGACUUGGAAGAAGUUUCCAAUUGGCUUACAGACAAAGCCAAUUCGAGUGACGAUAUUUUGCUAGGAAGUGAUGAUUCGGAGCUGAUUAUAAGUACAGCCCGGAAUUUGGUUGUUGAUAUUCAGUUUGAAAAUCAAGCGUACGAUUUCCUGUUGGACUCAACCGCUUCUCAAGAAGAGAUAUUAUACCGUUUCACGGUGUCCAAGACGAUAAAUCUUUCCAACUACUUCCUAGACAUAAGCAGAUUCAAUGAAUUGUUUGAGUUGUCAAAAGGAUAUCCCCCAUUUGAAAAAUGGUAUACCGGAAUAGUAAAACCUUUUACGUAUUAUUGGUCAAACUAUGGAAGUAUUUCUGGAGCUGAUUCAAUCCGAUUUAACCAGUUUGUACGUAUCAAUUCACUCAGUGGAAAAUUUGAUGUGUUGAUUAGCCCAAUUAAUGAAGAAAGCUCCAACGAACACUUGUCUGUUAACAAGUGGAUGAAAAAUGUGAUUUUGCCGUUAAUUAGCCAUUACGAGAGUGAUUUCAGACCUCUUUUGCCUUGGUUAUUUGAUGAAAAUCGUUUUGAAGCAAUGUUAGCCUCUCAGAAAUAUAAAUUGUGGUAUGAAGCUAUUAGUUCUAUCAUUGAGUUUAAACAAGAUGGAAUCACGUCUUUUCCACCUGGAUCUUAUAAUGAAGUUAUUAAAUAUUUUUUAGCAAGCUGUUACUAUUAUGCUAUUUUCCAUGAGGAUUCCAGUAACGUCUCUUCCAUUGAGAUGUUGAAAAUUUACGACUAUAUAAGAGAUACCCUCAACGUCCUAUCAUUAAGCUUGGGCCCAGGGAAAAUACUAUCGAACGUUGAUUUUGACCCUGAGAAAUUUGGGUCUGAUUGCUCUUCACUUUUGGUCUUUAUAGAUAAAAAUCAUGAACUUAGCUCAUUGUAUCAACCAAACUCAGAUGCGGUUACUACUCUUCAAGACACUUUAGAAACUUGUGAAAAGCUCUAUUCUAUAAAUAAACUCACUAUUUCACAGUUUUUAAAGUUGAGAUACUCGAGAGCUUUAGACUACUCAUCCAAGGAGAAAGAAAUUACAAUUAUAAUGCAUGGGCUCAAUGAAACUAAUUACCAACAACUUUUAUCUUCGGCACGUUUGUUUUCCAAGGCUUUUAUUGCAAUUGACCCAGAACAUGAAUCCCAGAUCAACAGAUUAAUUGUUGAAAGAUUUUUGUUUUUCAAUUUAUUUGAUAUUGUUGAAGAAUUUUAUAAAGAGGAUGAGUUUAAAUUAACCGCUGACACCUACUUCCAAUUAGCAAACAAAAAAUUUUGGGACUCUUUUAACCAGGCAUCAAAUUUAAAUGAUAAAAUAGGAAAAUUGAAUUUAGCUUCAAAAUGUGUUCGAUUAUUUGAUUUGUUAUCUUCGAAUCCUGAAUUGUCAGAGGAAAAUAGGGGCUCAAUCAUAAAGACUAAGCAUUUACUUAAAGUGAUUAACAACAUCAAGAACUUUAAAAUCGUAGUCGAAAGAGGGAAGCAUUUCACUCCAUAUCAAUUAAUCACUCAAUUUGGUCUUGUUGAUUCUAAAGAAACGGACGGGAAGAACAGUCCAAUAAACUUGAUUACAACCAUCCUUGAAAACAACCCGAAGUCUUAUCUAGCAUACGAAAAACUUUAUAAAAUAUUUGUUGACUUUCUCAUAUUCUUAGAUGAUUCUGGAUCUGACAUUAGUAUGACAUAUUUACCAAAGAUAAAAUCUGCAUGCAUUGAAUCAGCAUUAAUCGACACCAAUUUCGACUUUGCUUACAAAAAUAGUAUAGAAUUACUAACCCAUUAUUCGGAUAAAAAUGGAAAUGAGUUAAAUUCUCUAUGGCUCACAUUCUAUCAAGUCGGUAAGUUCAUUUCUCCUGAAUGGUUUGGUGACUAUGAUACUUCGAUAAAUAAUGAAAAGAUCUCCAUUUUAACAAAGCAGAGAGAAGUGCUUGCCUUGGCCUUGAAGCUCAUAAAACCUAACGAAUCCAGCAUCGAUAAUAGUAAGCUUUUACUAACGCAAUGGGAAAACAUUAACCAAGAGAUUGAAAACUGGUAUGCAAGUUUACAAACUAGAUCUCAGUCAAACACCCAUUCAACUACAAGAACUGAUCAGGUUAAGGAGAAUUUGGGUGCCUUGACCAAUGACUUAAUCAGUGACGCAACCAACACCACCAACCAAGCAAGUGAAAAGUUAUCAAAUCUUUUCGUAUCCGGUCUCGGCUGGGCUAUUGGUGCAAAUCCAGAGUAA